AUGAAUGAUGGCAGCAGCUUCUGCCCAGAGCACCGGCCCCCCUGGAAGGCUGGGCCGGAGGCGGGAGCAGGCAGCGAGGGGGCAGCUCCCUCCCUGGAAGCCAGAGGACCCUGUCCCUCCCCCGUUUCUGCCCUCCGCCAGCUCCUUAAGCAGUGUGCCCUUUUUCCUCUCCAGCUCUCCUACGAAGGCCUAGGUUCACUGAGAAAUGCCCUCCGACAUCACCCAGGAGUAAGAGCGGAGGGUCCGUGCACCUCUCGGCUAGCUGAAGACCCCGACGGCCCCAAGAAGACCGAGCCCCACUUCCGGGUUUGGAAGCGCUCCUCCGAGCACCUCCCCGUGCCGGCUUACGGGGUCUCCGGGCGCAUGCGCGGUGCUCGGCCGCCGCUCCGGGACUGGCCCAACUUACCAUUAAACAACUAG